GGAGCCGCUGCCAAUGAGUUCCGCCGAGUAGCAGAGGAGGCAGGGCUAGCCCUUAAAGGAACAGCGACCUCAUAGCAGACUGGAGGGUGACCCGGAUGAUGGCGGCCGGAGCGGCCCUAGCCUUGGCACUGUGGCUACUACUGCCGGUGGGGGUGGGAGGGGCAGGGCCACCGCCGAUCCAGGACGGCGAGUUCACGUUCCUGCUGCCUGCGGGGAGGAAACAAUGUUUCUACCAGUCUGCACCGGCCAACGCAAGCCUAGAGACCGAAUACCAGGUAGCGGGUCCCGCCGGCCUCAGGUUACCGCCUUCCCUGCCUCUCAAAGUCCGGCUGGUGGGCCACUCAGGGUCAGGUGUGUCUGUAUGUCUUUCUUCCAGGGUGGAGCCCACGGAGGCCGGGGACUACAAGCUGUGCUUUGACAACUCCUUCAGCACAAUCUCAGAGAAGCUGGUGUUCUUUGAACUCAUUUUUGACAGCCUGCAGGAUGAUGAGGAGGUUGAAGGCUGGGCAGAGGCCGUGGAGCCCGAGGAGAUGCUGGAUGUCAAGAUGGAGGACAUCAAGGAAUCCAUCGAGACCAUGAAGAUGCGGUUGGAGCGGAGCAUCCAGAUGCUGACGCUACUGCGGGCCUUCGAGGCACGUGACCGCAACCUGCAGGAAGGCAACCUGGAGCGGGUCAACUUCUGGUCAGCUGUGAACGUGGCCGUGCUGCUGCUGGUGGCCGUGCUGCAGGUCUGCACGCUCAAGCGCUUCUUCCAGGACAAGCGCCCUGUGCCUACGUAGCCCCGGAAGGAAGAAUGGGGAAAAGGAGGGCAGCAGGGUACAUGCGUGUGAGACCUGGGGGGUCCCUUCCCCGCCCGAGUGCCCUGCUGGAGGGGAGGCUGUACAGUCAGGGCGGAGGUACGGCCCUCAAAUGUCUUCUCCCUUCUGGGGGCGGCCAGGCAAGAUGAAACACUUGUAGUCUUGGCUGACAGCUCUGGGCUCUCCGGGAGGGGCCGCUCAGGGGCAGCACCUGCUCUCCUGGAGAUUGUGCAUGGACGGGGGCACUGCAGGAUUUGAAUGCAACCCUUGGAUGCUGUGGCCCGUUGCCACGUCCCCAGCUGUGAAUGUGUGUGCCUUAGCCUGAGUCUUCCAGCCUGCACUGGCACGAGGUGUGGGAAGCAGACUCUCCUUUCCUUUCCCUACUAGCCUUCUGAGCCAGGUUCUGGUGGGAGGGGGCUUGGUGUUUGUGGGGCCCCGUGCCUUGCCUGGUCUCCCUGGCACCCCACCGGAGGCCUGCUGCUGCUGCUAGGGGUGGCUGGGGGCGGGAAGGAGACACGGUGCUCUUGCCAGGACAGUCACUUUAUUGAGAGGAGGAGCCCAGCCCUCAGCCCAGUGCAGGGGGCGCUCGCCGGGGGGUCUGGUAACAGAACUCUAGGAGCAGAGCCUGCAAGACCACCCGUCCCUGCUGCUCUGCCAGGGCCCCGGGAGAGCUGAGGGGUGGCCCAGCCAAACCUUGUGCAGGCGCCUCGCGGAACCCAGGGUGGUCUGGCCUGGGCACUGGAGUCAAUAAAUUAUGGUCAGAAAAUCA